AUUUUCUCAUUUUGAAGAGCGAGAAAGAGAACAAAGAUCCGAGAUUCGUAUGAAUGGAGUCGAAUCUCGGAACUAGAAAGUGAUCAGAAGAAUGCCUGUCUGCGGCUGACGAUCCGAGGAUUCAAAAACCCCAUCGAAAAGAGAAACCCUAAUUUCGUGAUUUCUGAUGCUGGAUCGAUUAGAUUGAAUCAAAAUCUUGGUAGAUCGGGGGGAGAGAGAGAAAGAGAGAAUGCCUUCACACGCGGAUCUGGAUCGGCAAAUCGAGCACUUGAUGGAGUGCAAGCCUCUAACGGAAGCUGAGGUCAAGACGCUCUGCGAGCAAGCUAGGGCUAUUCUGGUUGAGGAAUGGAAUGUACAGCCGGUGAAGUGUCCUGUCACGGUGUGUGGUGAUAUUCAUGGACAGUUCUAUGAUCUGAUCGAGCUGUUUCGGAUAGGAGGAAAUGCUCCGGACACCAAUUAUCUUUUCAUGGGUGAUUAUGUCGAUCGUGGAUACUAUUCAGUGGAGACUGUCACACUUUUAGUGGCUCUGAAAGUUCGUUAUAGAGAUAGAAUUACGAUCCUUAGAGGAAAUCAUGAAAGCCGGCAAAUUACUCAAGUGUAUGGAUUUUAUGAUGAAUGCUUGAGGAAGUACGGAAAUGCUAAUGUCUGGAAGUAUUUUACCGAUCUUUUUGAUUAUCUACCCCUUACAGCACUGAUUGAGAGUCAGAUUUUCUGUUUGCAUGGAGGACUUUCACCAUCUUUGGAUACAUUGGACAAUGUCCGAGGCUUGGACCGUAUACAGGAGGUUCCACAUGAAGGACCAAUGUGUGAUCUCUUGUGGUCUGAUCCAGACGACCGUUGUGGAUGGGGAAUAUCUCCACGAGGAGCUGGCUAUACGUUUGGACAGGAUAUAGCGGCUCAGUUCAACCAUACCAAUGGGCUUACUCUGAUUUCAAGAGCCCACCAGCUUGUCAUGGAAGGCUAUAAUUGGUGUCAGGAAAAGAAUGUGGUGACAGUAUUUAGUGCCCCUAAUUACUGUUAUCGGUGUGGGAAUAUGGCUGCAAUACUAGAAAUUGGGGAGAACAUGGAGCAGAAUUUCCUUCAAUUUGACCCGGCACCUCGGCAAAUUGAGCCCGACACGACACGCAAGACUCCCGAUUAUUUUUUGUGAUCUAAAAAAGACCUCAAUAGACUGUUUGCAAUCCUUGCUUGCCGUUGUGUCACUGUAGAUGUCUUUUUAAAAGAGGACUUUUUGUUGUUUGCGGGUUAUUGUCAACGUGAUUCUUUUGUUUCGAGUUUGGCCUCUGCUGCUGACUUUGAUUAUAUCAUCUUCUGCUCGAGAAACUCAAGAAAAUUGAUGACGGCACGGAGUCUUUUUUUUUUUUUUUUAAUUUCUUGUAUAUUUUGGAGAGAGGAGGAAGCAGCAAUAACACGGUAUAUUGUGUUCUGUAAUUUUACAAUUUAAGGUAGAAAAACCAGAUUUCAGAAUGGAUGUGUGUCAGUUGUCCUUUUUCACUGACAAUUGGCGGUUGAGAAUGCAAAUGCAAGGAACAACGGUAAUAAUUUUUGUUUACUAUUGUUGGAUUUCUCUUUUUGAGAGAUCCUAGUCAACAUUUGUUUAUUGAUGAGAGAGCAUGAAAGAGACAUAAGUUGUGAGA